UAACAUUGGUAAUGGGAAUGCAAAUCUGAGUCACAAAGAAGAGCCGGUUUCACCAUCACCAGCUGCAACACAUUCUAUCAAUUUGCCGAAAAUUUCACCAAGCAUCCAACCAACCGAUAAUGGAAGUUUUCCUCCUCAAGAGGGCACAAAGAAAGGUCACAAUUCAGAACCAGUUACACCAGAAUCUGCUGCAUCACCACCAUGGAAAGCGGAGCAUAAUCCUUCUCCUCCACCACCAGAAGCACACCCUAUUAGUCCAUCCAUAUUGCCUGCACCUGUUGCAUCACCAGCAAGUUCAUUUCCAGCGAAUCCGCCACUGGUCCAUCCAAUUAUUCCAUCAACAUUACCAGCACCUGUUGCCUCUCCCAAGUCAUCUUCUUCUGGAAGCUUCAAUUGGAAAAAUGGUGAUGCACCACCAAUUGCUGUACCUUUGUACAAAUCACCAAAACCACUUCCAGCUGUAGUACAUUCCCCUGCUCAAGCUCCUGCUGCACAUAAUUCAAGGCAAAUUGAUCAUGAUCCUGAGCCAUUGACUAAAACUCCUAAUAAAGAAAAGCAUACGCCUGCAUUGUCACCUUCUGCCUCAUCACAUCAGCAUCAUCAUACAAGGAACACAACUGCCAGUUCUGCUCCUCCACCACCAUCACCAUACAUGGUUUCUUCUUCCCCUUCAAAUCAUCAAGGUAAAGCAAUUCCUCCUUCAUUACAACCAAAAAGUGGGCAAAGGCAUCAUGUUUCACCUCCAAUGAACCAAAGUUCUUCAAUUCCUUCAUUCUCUUCUCCUACUCAUUCACCCAUGACCCAAGUUUCGCCGGCUCCUUCAUCAUCAAUCGAACUUGCUCCUCACCCAACUGAAAUGCAAGCUCCAUUUCUUCCCCCUAAAGUAUCUCCUUCUCCCUCAAAGACACCAUCCCCGCCUCAAGUUCGAGCAUUGCCACCCCCACCUCCAAAUGAAGAGUGUUCAUCAACCGUCUGCUUAGAACCUUAUACAAACUCUCCACCCGGAGCACCUUGCAGAUGUGUUUGGCCCAUGCGAGUCGGUCUCCGUGUCAGUGUCUCUCUUUAUACCUUCUUCCCUUUGGUUUCAGAGCUGGCUUCUGAAAUUGCUACCGGAGUUUUCAUGAGGCAAAGUCAAGUUCGGAUUAUGGGAGCAAAUGCAGCAACCGAGCAACCUGAGAAAACGGUUGUCUUAAUUGAUUUGGUACCACUUGGUGAAAACUUUGACAGUACUACAGCACUUUUCACUUCCAACAGAUUCUGGCAUAAACAGGUUGCUAUAAAAGCUUCCUACUUUGGAGACUAUGAUGUUUUAUAUGUGAGCUAUCCAGGUUUGGCUCCUUCUCCUCCUUUACCACCUUCAACCAUUUCCAUCAUUGAUGGUGGUCCAUAUUCCAUUGAUGGCAAUAAUGGAGGGACAAUAAAGCCCCUUGGAGUGGACAUACAGAAGAGGCAGCAUAAAAGUGGACUUAGCAGAGGCAUAGUUGCCAUUAUAACUGUUUCAGUUUUUCUAGCAGUUGUGUUAUGUGCUGCCGCAGCAGCAGCCUGGGUUAUGCUCAAGUAUGGAGAUCAUGUUACUCAACCGGCAUCAACGCCACGGCUUUCACAACCUUCUCUUACCAAACCACCAGUGAAUUUCACAGGUAAUGCUGCAUCAUUAGUGGGAGGUGGGGUUGGUUCUGCUUCGACAUCAUUUCGAUCUAGCAUUGCUGCUUAUACAGGGUCUGCUAAGACUUUCAGUGCGAAUGAUAUUAUAAAAGCUACUGAUAAUUUUCAUGGUUCAAGAAUACUUGGAGAAGGUGGUUUUGGGCUGGUUUAUGGUGGCAUCCUUGAAGAUGGAACAAAAGUGGCAGUCAAGGUUAUAAAGAGGGAGGAUCAUCACGGGGAUCGCGAGUUCUUAGCUGAAGUUGAGAUGCUUAGCCGUCUUCAUCAUAGAAAUCUGGUCAAGUUGAUUGGGAUAUGUACCGAGGAAAGUGUCCGCUGCUUGAUUUAUGAACUUGUUCCAAAUGGCAGCGUGGAAUCCCACUUACAUGGAGUUGACAGGGAAAGUAGUCCACUUGGUUGGAGUGCUAGGAUGAAGAUAGCUCUUGGCGCGGCUCGCGGUCUAGCCUAUCUGCACGAAGAUUCGAGUCCCCGUGUUAUACACCGGGACUUCAAAUCAAGCAACAUAUUGUUGGAAGAUGAUUUCACACCAAAAGUAUCCGAUUUUGGAUUGGCUCGAACAGCAACAGAUGAGAAUAAUAAUAGACACAUAUCAACACGCGUCAUGGGAACUUUCGGUUAUGUGGCUCCGGAGUAUGCAAUGACAGGACACCUUCUUGUUAAGAGUGAUGUUUACAGCUACGGCGUUGUUCUUCUUGAGCUUUUAACAGGAAGAAAGCCUGUGGACAUGUCACAACCUCCCGGUCAAGAAAACCUUGUUGCUUGGGCUCGUCCGCUUCUGGCGAGUCGAGAAGGAUUGGAGGCAAUAGUAGAUCCAGAUCUAGGAGGAGAUGUGAGUUUUGAGAGUGUGGCCAAAGUUGCAGCAAUUGCUUCAAUGUGUGUGCAGCCAGAGGUAUCGAACCGGCCUUUCAUGGGGGAGGUUGUGCAGGCCUUAAAACUCGUGUGCAAUGAAUGCGAGGAAGCGAAAGAAGCAGGUGGUUCAAGAAGAUCAUCCACUCAGGAUAUGGAUUUGGAUGUGAGAGUGAGCAAUGUGGAUGUUGAGAGAGGAUUGGUUGCAUCAGAACUAUUCAGUUGUUCGGUAAGAUUGGGAAGGCAGGAAGAGGAAUCUGGAUCGUUUAGAAGACACUCGUAUUCGGGUCCUCUGAUGACCGGAAGAAGCAGGCAGUUAUGGCAGAUUAUGAGACGGCUUUCUGGUGGCACUGUCAGUGAACAUGCAAGUAUCUUCAACUUAUAGAGAGGUGGAAACUCAGGUGCAUUCGACUUCACGUUAAGUUGAUACUGAUAGCCGUUUGACUGAUUUAACUAAAUUUUCAUCUAUUAGGUAUCAACUUCACGUAAAGUUGACCUCAGUUUUUACCCUUACAGAGAAUGCAAAUGUGGCUAAUGCUUGUAACAAAAUCAUUUUGUAUAAACCAAUCAACGUAUCCUUUUUCUCUCUCUACGAAAAAUCGAUGAUCUAUGUAUGUACAGACAGAUCAUAUUUCAGAGUUUGUAAUAAUGUUAGCUUUAAAGUAAAUACACACACUUUAAAACUUGAGGAUUAAGUCUUCUAAACUAUCAUUACAAAAA